AGUUUUAUCAAUUUUUUCAAAUAGGUAUUUAGUUAUAUUUUAAAGCGUAGAUAAACGUGAUUUUUGAUCUGAUUUUCAUUUUACUCUUUGCUAACAUACGAGUAUGAGCAUAAAAUUACCCGCAUUUCAGAUUUUACUCGGUUUUUGGUUGGUCAAUAAUGUGCAAAAUGAAAGUGGUGGACAGACGUCUGCAAAAAGCUUUUCUGAUGAGUUUAAAGAAUACAUUGAACAACAGAAUCUAUCUUUGACUCCUGGCAGCUCCAUUCAUGACGUGUUUAAGAAUAUUUUUCAUAAUGCACGUAUUUUGGAGGAUCAGAAUCGUAUUUUGGUAGAUCAGAAGCGUGAUUUGGAGAAUGACAAAGCCUGUUUAAAAAAAGAACUCAACUUUUGGCAAAAAGAGUUUCAAGAACAAAGUAAAUUCAUGCCUCACGUUUACUUCAUCUGUGCCAUGAACUUCAUACUGACCAGAGGAACGGAGAUUUUCAAAAACAUAGCCGGUGUUAGGUAUCUUGUAUUAUGUACCCCUUUAAAACCAUGGCCACCCCGUAUACAAAAAUUACGCCGAGAAAAAGACGAAUACGAUGAAGAAAAACCAGGCCGAAUGUACUUGAAACGCCUAGGUCAAAAAAGAAAGAAAUCAGAUUUCGAAUCUUACAACAAGUGGUUCACUUACGUGACAGAAAAUCCUAUAUUUUUAUCGUUCCACAAAGAUGGGAAAAAUAUAAGCGACGAUGAAUGGAAAAACCUUACUAGGAAGUGGAGGACUGUUGCUUUCCAUCUGCAAGGAAACUUGACCCAAUAUUAUAACAGAUUGGAUCCAAAAAUCAGGAAAGAGAGGUACGACGACGAUUUGAGAAACUUUUUGCAUACGUUUUCGGCUGUAAUUCAGCGUGGGCAUAGAUUAUCGUGUUAUUUUCUCGACUCGAUGCAUUCCAAGAUUCUGGCAGAGUUGAAUAAUGUGUAUCCGAAUGGAACGAGGGUCUUUUUAGAAACAGCUUUUGGAAAUGUUGAACCGAACUGGUAUUUUUCCAUGGAACAUAUCGAUAUGUUCAACGUGUUGAUAAAUGCUACACAUAAUGAGCCUGUGGGGGAAGAAAUUGAUUAUAUGUUUCCCGCCUUAAAGAUACGGUUAUCUGAAGAAGAUGAUGGGUUUAUUUUGCCGGGUAAGAAGGAUUGUUGGAAAGCGUCCAUUUCAGUAUUAGCAACACCUUUGAAGUAAUUACCUAUAGUAUGUCUAGUUAUCUACAGAUCUUACUAGUUUUGCUGUCUAUAUCGAUGAUUUAUUGUAGAUACUUUUUUGUUUUCGUUCUCAUGUUCUCGUUUUUUUUUUUUUUACUUGACAAUAAAGUUAUCAGGCC